CCGCAGCCGUAUAGGCAAACGUGCGCUCUGUACCUCUCCUAGGUUUUACUGGAUUCUCCUUAUGGCGGCGGCGCUGCGGACGCCGGCGAUUCGCAGUCGCUCCCUCGCCGCCUACACAUUUCUCCGGACCAGCAGCGGCUUUUCCACUAUCCCACCACCUCCGCAGACACCCGCCGCUCUCAGCGCCGAGCUCCUCCGCCUUCUCUCCGCCGCCCCCGCCUGGACACACGACCUGGCCCGAUCCGUCUCCUCCACCCUCUCCGCCGCCCCUCCCCCCUCUCCCGAUGUUGUCCUCUCCGUCCUCCGCUCCCUACAUAACACCUCGCUCGCCGGUCCCUUCUUCCUCCUCGCCUCCUCUGCCUCCUCUCCCCACUCACUGCCCCCCGAAGCUUAUAACGCCGUCCUCCCAUUCCUCUCCCACGACCUAGCGGCUCUCGACAAGGUCCUGGAAGAGAUGUCCCUCCUUGGUUACGGCCUUCCCAACCCUGCCUGCGCCACCCUAGUCGCCACCCUCGUCCGCUCCCGCCGCCUUGACGACGCUUUCCAUGCCAUUGGCACCAUGCGGCGGCUCAAGUUCAGGCCGGCGUUCUCCGCGUACACCGUGCUGAUUGGCGCCCUGUCUGAGGCGCGGCAGCCCGAGCGUGCGCUGGAACUGCUGCGGCAGAUGCAAGAGGUCGGGUAUGAGGUGGGCGUGCCUCUUUUCACCACGUUGGUGCGGACCCUGGCCCGUGAGGGAAGAGUGGAGGGCGCGUUGAUGCUGGUGGAUGAGGUGAAGGGGAGAUGCCUUGAGCCAGAUAUUGUGUUGUACAAUGUGUGUAUUGAUUGUUUUGGAAAGGCUGGGAAUGUGGACAUGGCCUGGAAGUUCUUUCAUGAGCUGAGAGCCCAGGGUCUGCGGCCGGAUGAUGUAUCAUACACAAGCAUGAUCUGGGUGCUUUGCAAGGCAGGGAGACUAGGUGAGGCAGAGGAGUUAUUUGGGCAGAUGGAGGUGGAAAGGGCUGUGCCUUGUGCUUACGCAUAUAAUACUAUGAUCAUGGGAUAUGGGUCAGCUGACCGGUUUGAUGAUGCUUACAAGCUGCUUGAGCGGUUGAGGGAGAGGGGUUGUAUUCCAUCCGUCGUCUCAUUUAAUUCAAUUAUCACGUGCCUCGGAAAGAAGAGGAAGGUUGAUGAGGCAUUGAGAUUGCUUGAUGUCAUGAAGAAGGAUGCUAAGCCAAAUACCUCGACGUAUAACAUCAUUAUUGAUAUGUUGUGCAUGGCUGGGAGGGUUAAUGAAGCAUAUAAGAUACGCGAUGAAAUGGAACUUGAUGGUCUGUAUCCAAAUUUAAUGACGGUUAACAUAAUGGUGGAUAGGCUGUGCAAGGCAAAGCUGCUCGAUGAGGCCCAUACAAUAUUUGAAAGCGCGAGUCAGAGAGGUUGCAAUCCUGAUUCCGUGACGUACUGCUCCCUUAUGGAUGGCCUCGGAAAGAAGGGAAAGAUUGAUGAGGCCUAUAAGCUAUUCGGGAAAAUGUUAGAUGCAGGCCACAAUGGUAAUCCUGUGUUAUAUACUUCCUUGAUCAGGAACUGCUUUCUGCAUGGAAGGAAAGAAGAUGGGCACAAGAUCUUCAAAGAGAUGAUCCGUCGAGGAUGCCAGCCUGAUCUCAUCCUACUUAACACAUAUAUGGAUUGUGUUUUCAAAGCAGGUGACACUGAAAAGGGAAGAGCAAUUUUUGAGGACAUCAAGAGUUAUGGGUUUCUUCCUGAUGUUCGAAGUUACUCCAUUUUGAUUCAUGGUCUCACAAAAGCUGGUCAGGCUAGAGAAACGUCCAAUAUUUUUCAUGCAAUGAGUCAGCAAGGUUUUGCACUUGAUGCUCGGGCUUACAAUGCUGUUAUUGAUGGGUUAUGCAAAUCUGGAAAUGUAGACAGGGCCUAUGAAGUUCUCGAGGAGAUGAAGCUAAAACAUAUCUCUCCAACGGUUGCUACAUAUGGAUCGAUUAUUGAUGGUCUGGCCAAGAUUGAUAGGUUAGAUGAGGCUUACAUGCUUUCUGAGGAAGCAAAAUCUAAAGGAAUAGAAUUGAAUAUUAUUUUGUAUAGUUCUCUCAUAGAUGGCUUUGGGAAGGCUGGCAGGAUAGAUGAAGCUUAUUUAAUUUUAGAAGAGAUGCUGAAGAAGGGUUUGACUCCAAAUGCUUAUACAUGGAAUAGUCUGAUGGAUGCUUUAGUGAAAGCUGAAGAAAUCAACGAGGCUCUUAUUUGUUUCCAGUCAAUGAAGGAAAUGAAAUGUCCACCAAAUACCUAUACAUACAGCAUUCUUAUAAAUGGACUUUGCCGGGUACAGAAGUACAACAAGGCUUUUGUGUUUUGGCAAGAAAUGCAGAAACAAGGUUUGACCCCAAACAUUGUCACUUACACAACCAUGAUCUCUGGGCUUGCAAAGGGAGGGAACAUAACAGAUGCUUACAACCUCUUUAUGGGGUUCAAAACCAAUGGUGGAGUGCCUGACUCUGCAUGUUUUAGUGCUCUGAUAGAGGGUAUGAGCAAUGCAAACAGAGCAAUGGAGGCGUAUCAAAUAUUUGAAGAAGCUCGUCUAAGGGCAUGUAGAGUCAAUGUGACGACAUGCGUUAGUCUUUUAGACGCUUUGAACAAGUCUGAAUGUCUUGAACAAGCUGCGGUCGUUGGUGCAGUUCUGAGUGAGAUUUCCAAGUCCCAGCAUGCUUCUAGAUCCUUGUAGUAUUCAGGAUCUUGUAUUGUGACACUUGUUGCAGAAUUUGCAUCUCUCCUGUGACUGAGUUGAUCUGGUUGUACAGUUUGUGCUUCUUGGUCACUUGAUAUGGGAGUUUUUGUGUGACUUAUAAUAUCUUUUUAAAUGGCUGAAAUUGAAUGCA